GCAUCAACUUCUCGGGCCUCCCCGGCACUAGGGCCCCCACACCAACCCCCUCGCCCGGGUAUCCUCCCUCGAUGUCUCUAAAAUAUCCGGGGUCUCCAGAACCCCAGGGAAUUCCUCUCCCGUGUAGAGUUCAAACUUGGCGCGCGCAUAUAAACCCCUACUGAAUUCCUUUUGGGGGUAGGGGACGGGACAGGGCCUCGAAGCUGGGUCCCUGUCCCGCACCCCCCUGGAGCGGAGAAAGCUGGCGUUUGUUAGCCUGGCGCCUAGGAUACGCGUGGGCCCCGCCCCGGAGUCAGGCCCAGCUGGAGGGGGUUGGGGAGUGCGUCCCCGCGAGUCGGGUGGAGGGGCCCGGGCGGUCACCUUGUGUCCGCAGGUGUUGCAGGCCAGGCCGAAAGCGCUCCCACCGCGCCAUGGGCUCUGACGUCUGGGUUGGCCCUUGGCGGCCGCACCGGCCCCGCGGCCCCAUUGCAGCGCUCUACAGCGGCCCGGGGCCCAAGUACAAGCUGCCACCCAACACCGGCUACAUCCUGCACGACCCGUCGCGGCCCCGCGCCCCCGCCUUCACCUUCGGCGCGCGCCUCCCCACGCAGCAGACUUCGUGCGGCCCCGGGCCAGGCUACCUGGUGCCUGCUCGCAUGACCGUGCGCGGCCGCGACGGCGCCCCUGCCUACUCCAUCUUCGGCCGCCCGCGCCACACAGCGCCCUUCCUCACUCCCGGACCGGGCAGGUACUUCCCGGAGCGAGCGGGGAACGUGGCGUACCCCAGCGCGCCCCGGCACACCAUCGCUCCCCGAAACUGGGGCCUCCGCGCGGAGCCGCAGACCCCAGGCCCUGGGACCUACACUGUACCGUCGCUCCUGGGCCCGCGCGUCGUCGGUAAAGUCUCCGCCCCGACUUACUCCAUCUACGGCCGCAGCGCGGUGGGCAGCUUCUGCGAGGACCUCAGCAAGACCCCAGGGCCCUGCGCCUACCACGUGGUGAACCCUGGGAUCUACAAGCCCCGGGCCCCCCAGUUCUCGAUGCUGGCGCGGACCUCGCUCCCCCGGGGCAACACACUGAAUCCCGGGCCCGCAGCCUACAACGUGGACCAGCCCCGGAAGCCUCGCGGCUGGAGCUUUGGGAUUAGGCACUCGGACUACCUGGCCCCGAUGGUGUUCGAUGUGGAUGACUGACCAGCCGCACGGACGCAGCCCCACAAAUGUUUCUAAAAACUUCUGGAGCCA